UUCCCCUUUGUUCGAGUUCGCCAUUUUGCUAGGCAGCGGCAGUGGCGGCGGCAGCGGCGGCUGGAGCCUCUGAUUGGGUUUCGGAGUCCGGUACUGGAGCCAAUCAGCGCGGGCAGCGAACCGGGGGAGCGAGGCACGGAGUGCACCACCUUGAAGUCUUCAGAGAUCUCCAGAGUGAAGUUCACCGUGGACAGGAUUGUAACUUGGAGGGGCCAUGGAGCAGUAUACAACAAAUAGCAAUAGUUCCACAGAGCAGAUUGUUGUGCAGGCUGGACAGAUUCAGCAGCAGCAGCAGGGUGGUGUCACUGCUGUCCAGUUGCAGACUGAGGCCCAGGUGGCAUCCGCCUCAGGCCAGCAAGUCCAGACCCUCCAGGUAGUCCAAGGGCAGCCAUUAAUGGUGCAAGUCAGUGGAGGUCAGCUGAUUACAUCAACUGGCCAACCUAUCAUGGUCCAGGCUGUCCCUGGUGGACAAGGACAAACCAUCAUGCAAGUACCUGUAUCUGGGACACAGGGGUUGCAGCAGAUACAGUUGGUCCCACCUGGACAGAUCCAGAUCCAGGGUGGACAGGCAGUACAGGUGCAGGGCCAGCAGGGUCAGACCCAGCAGAUCAUCAUCCAGCAGCCCCAGACUGCUGUCACCGCUGGCCAGACUCAGACACAGCAACAGAUUGCCGUCCAGGGGCAGCAGGUGGCACAGACAGCUGAAGGGCAGACCAUUGUCUAUCAGCCAGUUAAUGCAGAUGGCACCAUUCUUCAGCAAGUUACAGUCCCUGUUUCAGGCAUGAUCACCAUCCCAGCGGCCAGUUUGGCAGGAGCACAGAUUGUUCAGACUGGAGCCAAUACCAGCACAACCAGCAGUGGGCAAGGGACUGUUACUGUGACGCUGCCGGUGGCUGGCAACGUCGUCAAUUCAGGAGGAAUGGUCAUGAUGGUACCUGGAGCUGGCUCUGUGCCUGCUAUCCAAAGAAUCCCUCUACCUGGAGCAGAAAUGCUCGAAGAAGAGCCCCUCUAUGUAAAUGCCAAACAGUACCACCGUAUUCUUAAGAGGAGGCAAGCCCGGGCUAAGCUAGAGGCAGAAGGGAAGAUUCCAAAGGAAAGAAGGAAAUACCUACAUGAAUCUCGGCACCGUCAUGCCAUGGCUCGGAAGCGAGGUGAAGGUGGACGAUUUUUCUCUCCAAAGGAAAAGGAUAGUCCUCAUAUGCAGGAUCCAAACCAAGCUGAUGAAGAAGCAAUGACACAGAUUAUCCGAGUGUCCUAACCUCAGGCCAUCCAGUGGAGCUGAUCAAAGUCAUGUUUUCCACUGUUCCGGAAAUUGAUCAACUCUUGCAAGGGGACACUGAUGAUCACACUCUGCCCUUUUCUACAGGACAGAAACCACUUAGUUUUUAAUAAGUGGCUCAGUAUUAUAAUUGCAGUCUGGCAAAUUGAAGUUGCAAGCCUUUGUCUCAUCCUUUCAGUCAGGACCUACUUCGGACUGUGAUGAUUCUGAUAUUUUGUGGAUUAGGAUGAUACAAGGAGACACUUGCCAGCCCAGCAGUACACAAGCACUUACGUUGACUGGAGAGGCCAGCCAGCCAUCUCAGCAGGGGAGAGCAUCCUUCUCAACCUGAAUUCAGUCAGGGACCAAAGCCCAUUCCUUCCCAUGGAUUCUAGACAGUGUUCAUCCUCUAAUGGAGAUCUCAGGCCGACUGGCUGAAUAGACACUUUGUAUUCAGAGAUGGCUUCCAGGCAAGGAAGUUUAAACAAUAAAUUCUCUGAGAUACGGUCAUUUUAUUCGUGGUAAUAAUAAGAAUCUCUGUCUGCCUAGAUGCUAGAUUGACAAUUUUGAACUCUGGGGAUAAAAUGAUAAAAGAUCACAAGUACCUAAACAUACAUUGCUGAAUCUUUUUUAGCUCUGACAAGUGGUCUGCUUGUCCUUCUAUUGAUAGAUCAUCUGGACUAUAGUUCUUGCUAUGGUUACUUUUAAGACAAUUUUGAAGGUAUCUUACCUCGUGACCGCCUUUCCUCCUAGAGAACACUUCUGUGCUGAAGUGCUAAGGACAUUUGUAAUAAUUCCUAAACAGAGGCAAACUAGAGAUUUUUCAAUCACAGGCUUUGUGCCAGCAUUUGGGGAAUGGAAGGAUUUAUGUGUUCAGAGAGAGUAGUCUCAUAUCCAUGUGUUGUCACAAAACGUAAUUCUCCAGUGGAUGGGUCCCUGGGAUAGAAUGUUAAACUGAAGAGAGACUUAAUUCAUAUUUACACUAAGACGUUUUAAUAAGCACUGAAAGGGAGAAGUCUGAGAUUUGGUCCUUGACAGUUUCUGAAAAGCACUGUUCAAUCACGCUAUCCUGGAGAUAGUCCAGGUUACCCCUGGAGCUUGAUGUGGAUGCUGGCUUCACUCCUGCAGCACUCUAUGCUGGCCCCAGAGAGCAAGCAUUCUCAUUCUUCUCAUGGCAGCUGAUUCUGUGGUGCCACUUUUCAUUUGUUUUUUCCUUUCUCUGUAGACCUUGUGCACCAAGAUUUUCACAUUGUAUCCAUAUUAUAUAGAAUAAACUACAGACUGAAAGUAGAGAUGCCUACAGGGUCAGGAACUGGGCCAUAGUUCCCAGGAUGGCUUGGGCCCCAGAAAUCUAUUUUCUAGGCAAGCAUUCUACCAUUGAGCCACACCUUCAGCCCAGAAAUGUAUUUUCUAGAUGUUCCUCCCUGGGAGAGCCAGGAUGAUGUUUCAGAAGAGUUGGCUGCCUUCUCUGUAAACAAAGAAGGAAAACCCAAUCAUUCUGAAAACUAUUUGGGGUUCAUUUAAAUACCAACAGUAAAGAUUGUCUUUUCUUUAACUUCAUUCUAAUAAUAUCAAGACAAAAGAAAUUUAAUCCUCUAAAGAAUACAUCAUGAAGGGAAAACCAAUAUAAUGGUAGAAGUAGCAAUAUGGAGCUAUGCAAAGAAAAUGGGAGGUGAAAUGUCUUCCUAGUCCAAGGAAUCUAGUAAUUUUCCCCUGGCUUUCAGAUGUCAGAGGGAGGCUGAUCCAUUGAUAAGCUCACUAGAAACUUCUGGCUCUUUACAUGAGUUUUCAGAUAUUACUAAAAUGAGGAAUUUUUAUCUCUUUAGGAGCUAAAGGUGGAAAGGUGAGAAAGAAAUUCCUCAGAUCUAAUGUUUAGUGUUUAAGCCAGCAACAGUUCUAAAAGCUAUUUAUUUGUGUCUAUAAGUUUGUACAU